GCAGCAUAUAAAAAGUGGGAUUCAAAGGCACACUGGCAUUGGGCACACUGAAAUUUAGUACUUUGUUUCAACUACUUCGGCAUCCACCCCUUUCAUCCGAGAUGAGAACUGGUGUACCCAUAAUCCUCUUAGUUGCAGUGGCAGGUUUCCACAAUGCGAUUUCAGCAUCUCUGGAAUUUGAUGAAAGCAAUGAAUCGCUUGAAGAGAGAGCGUAUGAAGAGAACAUCACGACAACACAACCAGAUGAGUCGGAAUAUGCGGCUGCUCGUGUGAAAGUGACAGAAGAUAUCUUAAGAACGACUCAUAUGGAUGGAGAGACAGAGACACUAACAAACAAUACAGAGACAAAAGUGCUUGAGAAGAAAGAUAGUGAUGAUGGAGAGACAGAGGCACUAACAGACAAUCCAGGAGCGAACACCGGAAGUGACGAGUCCGUAGAUAAAGACUCUGAGGAAGACAGCUCUCGACGGAACACAGCGCACAGUGAGCAGGCUGAAGAGAAUGUGAGAACUACUGAGUAUUUCAGUGAGGAAGAAUAUGAAGAAUAGUUGCCAAGCUGAGUGUGUGAAGGGGCUGCAUCUAUGUAAUAUCUUUUGAACCUAAAUGUCAUGUUAUAUAAAGCAUAUUGCAAAAUUGCUAACCUGUGUACCACCUGGACAAAAUCCACUGCAUGUAUGAAUGCAUGUGUGUCCUGCAUGUGUGACCUUUCACACACGACUUCAAAGAUCACUACUUUUUUUUUUUAAAUAAAUAGUGUAAACACUGA